GCGCCCGCGCGUCACCGGCCGUGAGGGUCGCAGCCGGCUCGCUUGGUGGCUGUGCAGCGCGGACUGCAGGGCUGCUCGCCUGCACGGGCUGCGUUCCCUCCGCCGGGGCUUCCGCACGUCCAAAAACAGAUGGGCAGGUUUGCGUACGCCUGCGAAAGCUCGGUCCUGUUUGACAACCUUUUAAAGACUUAAAAAAAAAUUCUUCGUAAUGACACCCUCCAGCGGUCUCAAGGGGCACUUAACUCAUUUUUGAAAAUGCCAAGUAGGAAAUUCGCCGAUGGGGAGCUGGUGAGAGGUCGGUGGCCUGGGAGCUCACUUUAUUUUGAAGUAGAAAUUCUGAGCCAUGACAGCAGCUCCCAGCUUUACACGGUCAAAUACAAAGAUGGAACCGAACUUGAGCUGAAAGAGAGUGACAUCAAGCCUUUAACUUCCUUUAGGCAAAGGAAAAGUGGCUCAACUUCCAGUUCUCCCUCCAGACGGCGAGGGAGCAGGUCGAGGUCGCGCUCCCGGUCCCCUGGCCGGCUUCCUAAAGGUUCCCGCCGGUCCGCCUCUGCUUCGCACCAGGCCAGCGUGAAGGAAAUGAGGAAGGAAGUGUUGGAAGUCAAACUGACACCACUGGUAUUGAAGCCAUUUGGAAACAGCAUCAGCAGAUACAACGGGGAGCCGGAGCAUCUGGAGAGGAACGACAUCCCGCUCAAGAGCACGCAGGAAAAAUUUCAUUUGCCACAAGAAAGUAGCUAUGUAUCUACACAGUAUAGCCUUCGUCCCAGAAGAGAAGAGAUCAAAUUAACAGAAAUCGAUUCUAAGGAAGAAAAAAUAGUUACAAAAGCCCCUCCAUUGGCGAGAACCGGUGAGGUGACAGGCACAUGGACGAAGGACUGGGAGUUCGGAGGAGCACCUGGUGCAUUUCUCAUCAUGCUCGGCCUGCCUCCCUUCCUCUUCCUGUUGCUGUUGAUGUGUCAACAGAGGGAGCCCAGUCUUCUGAACUUCCCGCCUCCUCUGCCAGCCUUGCGUGACUUGUGGGAAACCAGAGUGUUCGGGGUCUACCUCCUCUGGUUUCUUCUGCAGACUCUGUUCCACUUGCUGCCAGUUGGGAAGGUUGUAGAAGGAAUGCCUCUUGCUGAUGGAAGAAGACUCAAGUAUAGAUUAAAUGGAUUCUGCGCCUUCAUCCUGACGUCGGCCGUCGUCGGAGCGUCUGUCUUCUGGGGCGUAGAGCUGUAUUACGUGUACAGGCACUUCCUGCAGUUCGCACUGGCCGCCACUGUUUUCUCUGUGGCCCUGAGUGUUUAUCUCUCUGUGCGGGCCCGGAAGGCGCCCCGGGAGGAGCUGUCCCCUGCCAGCUCUGGAAACGCCAUCUAUGAUUUCUUCAUUGGCCGCGAAUUAAAUCCUCGGAUUGGGACUUUUGAUCUCAAAUACUUUUGUGAAUUGCGCCCUGGAUUGAUUGGAUGGGUGCUUGUUAACUUGGUGAUGCUUUUGGCUGAGAUGAAGUUACAGAAUCGUGCCACUCCAUCCUUAGCAAUGAUUUUGGUUAACAGUUUCCAGCUCUUAUAUGUGGUGGACGCUCUCUGGAAUGAGGAAGCGGUGUUGACGACCAUGGACAUCAUCCACGACGGAUUCGGGUUCAUGCUGGCCUUUGGAGACUUAGUGUGGGUUCCCUUCGUCUACAGCUUGCAAGCCUUUUAUCUAGUCGGGCAUCCAAAUGAAGUGUCGUGGCCAGUGGCUUCUCUGAUUAUUGCUCUGAAACUUUGUGGCUAUGUAAUCUUCCGAUGUGCAAAUUCUCAGAAAAAUGCGUUCCGGAAAAAUCCCACUGAUCCAAAGCUUGCACAUUUGAAAACCAUUCAUACUUCCACGGGUAAGAGUCUGCUCGUCUCGGGAUGGUGGGGCUUUGUCCGCCACCCCAAUUACCUGGGCGAUCUUGUCAUGGCGCUGGCCUGGUCCCUGCCAUGCGGCUUUAAUCACAUUCUGCCCUAUUUCUAUGUGAUCUACUUCACCUUGCUGCUGAUCCACCGAGAGGCCCGAGACGAGCACCAGUGCAGGAAGAAGUACGGGCUGGCCUGGGAGAAGUACUGCCGGCGCGUGCCCUACCGCAUCUUUCCGUACAUUUACUAGCUCCGCUCCAGCCCGGCGUCUAACUGCUCCUGCACUUCUGGCUUCCAUUUGCAAAAACAAGGAAAAAAAAUCCCAAACGAGCCUUCUGUUGUUGCACUGACAGGAUCUUUAAGUUUCCUUUUCUUUUUGAAUUAGGACUGUAGAACCACAUAGUCAGUCUUUUAGUAAAGCCAUGUUUAUUUUUAUUAAAUCAUAGCAAUUAACAUGAAAAAUAUAAAGAAGUUAGAAUUUGUGUUCUAAUAGGAAGUUUUCAGACCUUUAAAAUCUGCAAACAGAAAACAGUCUUAUAAAUGCACUGAAAAGAAUACUAUUGUUGUUUAUGGUUUUUGAUUACUUUUCCAAUUUUGAUUUUUUUGUUUUCUCAGUUGGCUUUUACAUUUAAAGUACAUUUGUUUUAUUGCAGUAAGAGAAUAGAAUUUUCAUUUGUUUCCCCUUAAAUUACUUACUAAUGAUGUGAUUUGAAAGUAAAAACUGGUCCUGCAUUAAAUGCUCUGUGUGAAGGGGAGGAUGAAGGAUUCUUAGCAGACACUGUGGAGGGGAGACCACUAGCAGUCGUUUGUUUAACUUCAGCUUCUAAAUCUAUGUUUGAAACUGUAAAUACGUAGCUUUUAUGUAAUAUAUGGUGACUUCAGAUUUUUCUGUACAGUAUUUUGAAUGUGAAAUAAUUGUCAGGACUAAGUAUCUUUUUAACAAAAACAUUUGCAGUAUUUUAAAUUAAGUUUUGUAAAGUAAUACAUGUGAAUUACAAAUUUUGAAACAAUUAGAAUUCACUUAAUAUUGUAUAAAAGAUGCUUUUAAAACAUAGGAAGGGUGUUUUUUAAUCCAAAGUGUGUGAAUUUGGCUUUGCUACCUCAAUUGCAGGUGUUUGUUUGCCUUUUAUAAACUGUUGCAAAUAGAAAAAAUAGAAUAAAUAUAUAUUUUUGGAGUAACAUCUUUAUUUAAACAUUUUUACACAGACUGAUGUUUGAAAAUUUGCCAUUUCAGGCUAAUAUUUUUGUAUGUUUUUGACUUUUUUAAUUAACCUGUGUUUUUGCUACUGUUUAGCUCAUGCAGUUUAUACCGUGUUUUGUAUAUGCUUUAUACUUGCAAAACUCUCUUCCCUUUGAACGAGUGUGUUGUUCAUCUUUAGAAGUCUGUUCAUCCAAAAACAAUUUAAGGGAAUAGCUUAAAAUCAUUUUUCUCUUUUAGUUUAGUUGAUGUGCAUAAGGUAGCUGUAGCUGUUAAAUUCUACUUAGGUUGAUAGUCUCAUUAUUACUUGUCCUAUGAUGGAACAGUGGCAAAUUCACUUUGUAUUCAAAGUUGAAUUGUGUGUGGGUUUUCAAUGACACAUUUUGUGCAUGAGCCAUGGAGAUGCGCAGUGUUCAUUCGCUGUGCUGCAAUUUGAAGUGUCUGUAGCGUCACGUGUGUGCUCUGAUCAUGAACUUGGUUUACUGUAGCAUUCUGUAUCUGGAACCUUGGAAUGUGGUUUUGGUGAAACUGUGUUUUAUCAGUUCUGAUGUACAGAAGCAGUGUUUUUAUGAUGCUUUUCUCCUGCCAUAUUCUGUACUAGAUUCAGCAAGGAAGCUUUGGGGAGGAAGAAGGACACUGAAUUCUUUCCUAGUAAUGCAAAAAGAGCCUGUUAGCAGCACAGGUCUGCAAUUUCUGGAUAUCAGCUGUCAUUUGUUUUUAAUUUCGUUUUUGUCAUGUUUAUGUGACAAGUUUUAUAAUGAAGUUUUGGGUUGGAAAUAAAGUUGAAAAUAAAAAGAUGGUGCCUGGA